CCAGCCACCAGCGGCGCAGCGCGAGCAGCGGCCGGUCCUACCACAGGCGGGGCGGCGCGACCUUGACCUCUCUAGGUUGCAGAGGUGGAAGGGAAGCAGAGGACCGUUCGACCAUACUGUCAGGACAAGCUGCUCACGGAGGUGCCCAAGUACAAGCAGACCAUCUUCUCCGUCCUCCCCUAGGCCAUUAACUCAUCCAGCAAGCAAGGCAAGUAAACCAGGCAACAACCAAGCUGACUAGCACAGUUCCAGUUCCCGUGAGAUCUACUAUGACAAAGAUGACAAGGAGCAAGAAACUUGCAGAAGCGCCAACUACUGAAUAUGAGAAGAUUAGGGCUAAAAAUAUGAUGAGGAACAACCGCAUAUUCCAAUCACUUGGCAUCGCUGCAUUAGGUAUGAUGGUUAGGAACUCAAAUCAAAUGCAGCAAGGUAGUGCCAUCACCGGUGGGGACUCAGCUUCUGCCAUAACACAACAAGGCUCAAGCUCUGAGUACAGUCCUGACGAUGAGGUCAUUGAGGAGGAUGAAGUUGAUGAUAUUGUAGUGGAGAAGGAAGAUAAGGUUUCUAAGAAGGCAAGGAAGUCGAUCAAUAAAAAGACUAAGAAGAGUUUUGAUAAACCUUCUGAGAUGGCUCCAGGAAAAACAAGGGUGAUUGCUCCAGCCUCAGGAGGCUCAAAGAGGGUGCUACCUGGUUUGAACUCGGAUGAACAUGAAUCUGCUCGAGUCACUAGGUAGAAAACAAAGCUGUCUCUAACCAACCAUGAAGAAAGUCUUGUGCAAAUGGAUGUAGGAAGCCCAGCAAAUGUGGAUGAAGGAAGCCUCCAUAUGCACGUGGAUGUAAGAACCUCGAUGCACGAAGAUGAAAGAAGCCUGAUGCAUGGGGUUGAAGUAAGCCUGAUGCACAUGGGUGAAACAAGCCAUGUCCCAUCUACUCUGUGCACAAAUCAGCCAAUUGAAGUUCCUGAGUUCUCUGACCAACAGCUUGACCAACAGCGGCAAAUGGACG